AUGGAGGAAAAAGACAAGAAAGCAAACGAGGGCUACACCGGAGAGAUAAAGGGUGGGCUGCGGCCUUCAAUGAAACUGGUUGUGAUGGGAAUCGUUGACAAAAAGCCCAAGAGCAUCGAGGUGACGGUAGCCUGUGCCCCCCCGGAGGAGGACACGGAGAGCGAUGUGGGACUUCAGCUAAAGGUCAGCUUCCUAGAUAAGGCCGUCCAACGCAAUGCCCGCCUGGCUGGAAAGUGGGGUCCUUCCGAAAACACCCUCUCCUUCUUCCCUUUCGCACCCGGGGAAUCUUUCAAGAUGGAGAUCGUUUGUGAGCACCAGCAGUUUCGCAUCCUGGUGGACGGCCAGCCCCUGUGUGGUUUCACCCACCGCCUCCCACGGCUCGCCUCCCUCACCGCCCUGCGAGUCUUUGGGGACCUACAGCUCACCAAGGUUGCCUAA